AUCACCGGGUGGGGAAUGACAAACACCGGUGCUCCUGCUGUCCUUCAAAAGGUCCAGGUACCAGUGAUCUCCAAGGAGGACUGCUAUCGGCAGUAUGGAAAAAGAGGAGGCAUUCCCGACGGACAGAUCUGCGCUGCCUAUCCACAAGGUGGUAAGGACUCCUGUCAAGGAGACUCUGGCGGCCCCUUGAGUGUCCGUCAACGUCUUGUUGGUGUUGUAUCCUGGGGACAUGGCUGUGCCGUCGCUGGAAGCCCUGGAGUCUACAUCGAAGUCUCUUCCUACCGCUCCUGGAUCAGGGCUCACUCCAAUUUCCCCUUAAAAAGGAGGACAUAUGCCAGCUACUCCCAGUUCUGUGUUGCAACAGCAAGGAUCAUGAAUCGUCUCAUCGUCUUGGUUGCAGUGUCUGCAAUAGCAGCGGGCAAUGCCCUACCGUUUCUGGACCAGUCAGACCACCGGAUCAUCGGCGGUAGGAAUGCCUCCAUUGAGGAAGUCCCAUAUCAAGUGAGUUUUCAGUACUACAACAGUCACACCUGCGGUGGCAGCAUCAUCUCCAAGGACUGGGUUCUGACAGCGGGUCACUGUGUCGGCGGUUCUGAAAGGUUAUACUCAGUUCGGGCCGGUACNGCGUUCAAUCAACAAGGAGGAACCCGUCACAAUGUGACGCGGAUUAUCCGGCAUCAAGGGUACAACAGCACCGAUGCAGGAAUUCCAACAUACGACAUCGCCCUGGUCCAGGUCACUCCGCCGUUUACCUUCAACAGCACCCGAAAAGCAGUGAAACUUUUCGGACUGGGUGAGCAGUCACUGCCCAAUUCCACCAGCACCAUCAGCGGCUGGGGCAGGACGGAGAAUGGAACAGCUAGGGUUCUUCAAGUCGUCAAUAUUCCCAUCGUCUCCAAAGCUGCUUGCGAAAAGGCUUACAAGAAGUACGGUGGCAUUCCUGACGGGCAAAUCUGCGCUGCAUACCCCAACGGCGGAAAGGACUCCUGUCAGGGUGACUCCGGAGGACCUCUCACCAUUGGUGGACGUCUCGCUGGAAUUGUCUCCUGGGGCUACGGCUGCGCCCUCGCGGGGAAUCCCGGGGUCUACACAGAGGUCGCUGCUUAUCGUUUCUGGAUCAAAUCCAACAGUGGGGGCAGUCGUCAGUUGGGAAUUGCAAUGAAUGCUGAGAACGCUAGAAUUGUGAGGCUUGUCCUCUUGGUGACUGAAGUCGCUCUCGUUAUUGCGCAUCCAUUCGCAAGGUUCAACCCAAAUAGCCGAAUCGUGGGGGGCGAUACGACGAGCAUAGCAAGAGUUCCUUACCAGGUCAGCAUCCAAAUUGAUGGCGAUCACAACUGCGGUGGGAGUAUCAUCUCCAAGGAUUGGGUGAUCACCGCAGCUCACUGCGUCGAUCCUGACACGAACUAUACGAUUCGGGCUGGUAGCAAUAAUCACGAGGAUGGGGGAUCAAUCCACCCGAUGGCGGAAUACAAAGUCCACGAGCGUUACAUACUAGACUUCGAUGGCCUUCCGGUGAAUGACAUUGCUUUGAUCCGGGUGGAGGUGCCUUUCGAGUUCGAUGAUAAUGUCCAGGCGAUCGAGAUGUACAAUCAGGGCGAGGCGGCUGUCGUCGGAUCCGUCGGGGUCGUCACAGGAUGGGGUGAAAUGGGGGAGAAAGUCCCGGCGAAGGGGGAGGAGAAUCUCCUUCAGAUUGUUGAGGUGCCGAUCACGUCCAAGCACUCUUGCUUCACUGGAGUCACUCGUGUUCCCAGGGGUCAGAUCUGCGCUGGUUAUCCGGAAGGUGGAAAGGAUGCCUGUGGAGGUGAUUCUGGUGGUCCUCUGGCCAUUGAUGGACGUCUUGCUGGGAUUGUCUCCUGGGGACUUGAAUGCGCUCAACCCGGAUAUCCUGGAGUCUACACCGAAGUCGCGUACUACCGACGGUGGAUCCGGAACAAAUCCGCAGCCGAGGGGCCGUGGUACAGCCUUAUCAACCCAUUCACCCCAGGUGGUCGUAUCGUUGGAGGUAAACCAACGACAAUUCAGGAAGUGCCGUAUCAGGUGUCCCUCCAGGUCAAUGGGUUCGGCUUCUGCGGUGGAAUCAUCAUCUCCAAGGAAUGGGUUUUAACCGCUGCUCAUUGCGCUAAUUACUCACCUUAUCAGGUCACAAUCAGAGCUGGAAGCGCAACAAUGAGUAGUGGGGGAUCACUUCAUCAAGUCUCCCAGAUCGUGCAACACGAGAAUCACAAAACAAAUCCUUUCGGAAUUCCUGUGAACGACGUGGCAGUGAUGCGGGUUAAAACUCCUUUCGAACUGGACGAGACCCGACGUGCCAUUGAUCUCUUCAGACCCGGGGAAUCAAGCCGACAUGGAAUUAAGGCCGUAAUCACGGGAUGGGGUUCCGUGAUGGAGGGCGGAGUGACGACUGAAGUUCUCAACAGAGUCAGCGUCCCCCUCAUCUCCAUGGAGGAAUGCAAUGACGCCUACAAGAGCUUCGGUGGAAUUCCACCUGGACAAAUCUGCGCAGCCUAUCCUGAGGGGGGUAAGGACGCCUGUCAGGGGGAUUCCGGUGGACCCAUGACCGUCAAUGGACGUCUUGCUGGUGUUGUCUCUUGGGGAAAUGGUUGCGCCAGGCCUAGAUAUCCUGGCGUCUACUCCGAGGUCGCCUACUUCCGGGAGUGGAUCAACCAGAAAACUGGGGUGUGAGGGGAAAAAAAUCGUUGGAAUACGGCUGACCUGCACUUCAUCUAAUUUGAGCUCUCCCUAUCGAAUUGAAAUCAGGACAAGAACAAUCAGACGUUUGGGAAUGCCAGUCAGGUUUAUCGUCUUACCAUCCUCGAUCUACAGAAAAGUCUACUUAAUUUUGCUACAGCUGUCCUCUACCAGUGCACACGUGAAAUAACAGUUCCAGUGCUUCAGCGAAAAACUUUUCUGAUGGCCAACACCACCAGCACCGUGAGCAUUCCAGUCAGGCGUUUUCCUACUUUUUCACCCCCUAUUUUUCUUCCCUCUUUACCGUCUCCUCUAUCUGAAAA